AUGGGGUUUCCCGCAGAUUCCUCGGCCGAGGCGGCCGGAGGCCCCCUUCCCCCGUCCUCGGGUGCCGCCAGCCGGCUCUGGAGACUCAGCAACUUCGCCAUGGCCGUCUUCUUCGGGCUAGCUGGGGCCGUGCAGGUCAAUGACCCUGAUCCAGGACUUUGGAUAGUUGCCUACACUGUGCCUGCAGUUCUCACGUUGGUUGUCAGCCUUAAUCCACCAGUUGCAGAUAACGUUGUAUGGAGGAGUCUAUCAGAUGUUCACUCAGCGGCUUGUGUUAUUGGUACUGCCAUUUUGGGGUACUCUUUGUUGUCUAAUGCUCAAAAGAACAUCUUGCAUGAAGAAGAAGGCAGAGAGUUAUUUGGUCUGGUGAUUGUUACAGUCUGGAUGAGCCUAUGUCGUAGUUCAGCAAAAAAUAGCCUUGGUGGAGUUCGUCUAGCUAUUGCAGUUAUUCUCUCGCUUUCCCCAUUUAUAAUGUGGCUGUACAUCUAUGUGAAUUCAGAGAUGCGGGCAUCCUGGCCAUCUCACUGCAAAACAGUUAUUUAAGGUGGACAUGAACCCAUACAGAGUCUU